AUGGCUAGUGAGGAGAGUUUUGUGGUUUUGGUGCACCACAGAGGAUCUGUUAAUAGAAAAACUCGUUUCGGAGUAAAGUUCACAGAUAAGAAUCCUCUAUGUAUUGUCGUAACAUCUACGACGAGUUAUGAUGACCUUGUUAGCGCUGUACUAAUGAAGCUCGAUCUGGAUGGUGCGAAGCGGGUAAAGAAAUUUUUCUAUCGCAUUCCAGUCACGGUGCUACAGAAUACCGUGAAGUAUGAUUGCUUCACGAUUAAUAAUGAUGUGGACUUGCAAGUAAUGUUUCUUUGUCGGCGGCAGUUUCCAGAAGUGAGGACACCGGAGUUGUUGGCACGGCUGGUUGAUGUUGUAUCCAGCUCCGGCGGUUCGAACAGGAAUACGAACACUAUAGCGAAUCCAGCAGGUUCUAGUUCCCGGCCUGCCGUUGCUUCCUCCUCCGUCCCUGUGUACGAACCAGUGGUCCAACCUGUCGCCUCCCCGUCUUUUGCUGUUGACCUCAAUGGCACCGAAGGCGACGAGGUAGUGGAAAGGGAAAAUUUGCCGAACGCUUUAGUGGGAGUUGCACCUGUUGGCGUUGGAGACGGUUUUUUGGGUGAUGAAGAGGAGGAUGACGUCGAGCCGGAUAUGAUUGACGAUGACAGCGCUGAUGAUAUUGGAGCGACUGGGCCUGCAUUGGAGGUAGGUGGUUCUAGCUCUGGCACACAGCAGUAUCCACCACAUUUUUCCUCGUUGGACUUGGACGCCAUGAGACAUGAGGGGGUUUUAGGGCACGCUGUUGGAUUCGGAGCUAGAGAUGCGGAAGGGACUACUGGUCUGACAGAGUUCCAGACUUACAGCAUCCGGCGAGGGGUACAGUACAAGGUGGUGGAGUCCGAUCACCGCCGGUAUGUGGGCAAGUGUUCCGAGUUUGGGAAUGGGUGCACAUGGUUGAUUCGACUGAGUCUCCGGAAGCGCAAGGGCAUUUGGGAGGUCAAACGGUACAAUGGACCUCACACUUGCCUGGCCACAUCCAUCUCGAGUGACCACAGGAGUUUGGAUUAUCAUGUGAUUUCGGCGUUCAUUAUGCCAAUGGUUAGGGCCGAUGCAUCCGUGAGCAUAAAGGUGCUCCUGAACGCCACGGCAGCGCACUUUGGUUUUAGGCCGACUUACCGGAGGGUUUGGAUGGCGAAGCAGAAAUCUAUUGCCCUCAUCUACGGUGACUGGGAUGAGUCCUACAACGACCUGCCUAGUUGGGUGUUAGGUGUGCAGCUGACGAUGCCUGAUAGUGUUGUGGUCCUUAAGACGAGCCCGGUUCGAGUUGGAGGACAGGUGGACGAGUCUCAAGCGUACUUCCACAGGCUUUUCUGGACAUUCCCGCCGUGCAUCGAGGCAUUCCGUCAUUGCAAGCCGCUAGUCAGCAUUGACGGCACACAUCUGUAUGGGAAGUAUGGGGGGACGUUGCUCAUCGCGAUUGCACAGGACGGGAACUCCAACAUUCUACCUGUCGCAUUCGCACUAGUAGAGGGUGAGAAUGCGAAAUCCUGGACAUUCUUUCUCUCACACCUUCGACAGCACGUGACCCCGCAGCCCGGUCUGCUGGUUAUAUCGGACAGGCACAACGGCAUCAAGGCUGCGCUUGAGGCCCCUGACGGCGGUUGGUUACCGCCAUCUGCGGCAAAGACGCUAGGAGGCUACUAG